GUCGAAGGUUGCGUCACGCGCUUCCGGCGGGCACUUCACAUACGUCACAGUCUCGUCAACUUCGGUUCCCAGGCCAAUUGGAUUUCAUGAAAUUAUGGAGGAGGCCAGUGCGAAGUAGGAGCCAGAAUUUUACGUGUAGUGAGCCUUGUUUUAAAGAGAUUGGAUCUAGGUGUAGUUCGCAAUUUCGUGCUGGAUUGAGAGAAGGGCACCGGAAUAGCUUACGCUUAGCUGAAUCAAUGCUAAUUACAUGGUCCUAGGCAAUUGUAUUGUAGGUGGUCAGAUGUUUGAAGGUUCUUUUAGCUUCUUUGCAUUAGUGUCAAGCGUAGAGAGAGACGUGGAGGUUUUUGUUUCCGCAUUUUGUCGCGGAGUUGUCGUUUUUAGUUUGAGCGCUGUGUGGUGAAGAAGUCGGAGUGGGUUGGCAGUUGUCGUAAGACGGAUUGGAUUCACUGUUCGAUGCUGAUGGUAAAAGAACAGAGAGGCAACUCAAUGUUCGGUUUCGAGCGAUAAGGAAAGAUAUCAGUAUGUGAUUAUGCGGAGUCUUCUUCUUCAAUUCAAUGACUGAAACCUCUUAAAUUUUGACGAAGACAGGGUUCAUAUGCUGGCGAUUAACAAUUGUGACUGUGCCAUGUGAUAUUCUAUUGCACAUGAUACAGAGCUUCUAGGGCUUUGGAGAGAAGUGGUUAUCCUGUUUUCUUUUCUGUUUUUUUUUUUUCUUCUUCUUUUUUAAAUUUUAGCUUUUGGAUUGAGUUUUUAGUGUUGGUUUUGGGACAAUUUACGCAGAAGCGUAGGAAGCGAAGGAUCAAUUAGAUAGCUCUGUGAUAGAGGAUUUCUUGCAUAGAAGUUGCUACAAGGAUGCCGAGUCGGCGGCCACGAAUCCAGGGCAAUGGCAUGUUGUACAUGCUAGCGAUGCAUGCUGCCUCGACUUUCAUGCAAUUGCCGAGGAAGCCUCCAGUAACGGCAGCGCUCAUAGCUGUGCAGACCUUAAUCCACUUACGGCCUGGAAAGCUUGAUGAUGCACUCCCCACGUUGUCUGAAGUAUGCCUUAAUCCAUAUUUUGUUAUCAAGGACUGGGACUUGAAGCGGCUGUUUUUGUCCGCAUUUUAUCAUGUCGACGAAACACAUCUCGUCUACAACAUGAUCUCCCUAAUGUGGAAAGGCGUUCAAUUGGAGGGUUCAAUGGGAAGUCAAAAAUUCGCAGGAUUGUUGGCAGUACUACUUGGUCUCUCCUCUAGCCUUGUAGUAGCGUCUUCAUCACUCCUCGCAUUUUUAGCAGACUCUCCGACCUCAUUUUAUUCAGAAUGUGCUGUGGGGUUCUCAGGUGUUUUAUUUGCAUUGAAGGUAGUUCUUAAUUAUAAUUCUCCGAGCCACACCAACGUGUAUGGAAUCCUUGUGCCCUCCCGCUACGCUGCUUGGGUGGAGCUUCUAGUUAUUCAGAUGUUUGUUCCUGGAACUUCCUUUCUUGGACACCUAUGCGGCAUCUUGGCGGGUGUUAUUUAUAUGAAUACUCCUGAAGUCGUGUCUGGAGGCUUCAGCAUGUGGGGCAUUGUACCGAGCAUUUUUGGAGCCUUGUCGUGGCCUAUCAGGCGUCUCCACUGGUUAUUGUGGGGAUCCAGUGGUCGCACGUUUGGUCGAGGAACUGUUGGAUUUAGAAGAGACACCAGUGCACCUUCAAGUUCUUUAAGAAACCGCGAUCGAAAUGAAGCCCUCGUGUGGCGUUGCCAGGCUUGCACUUUUGAUAACAGAACAGCUGUGGGGGCUUGCGCCAUGUGUGGUACACAUCGAGUUGGGGAAGCUAGUCCGGAAUUUGACGAUUUAGCCCCAUCAGCUCCGCUAAUGCCCACUAGGAGGGACAGGUCUCUAUCUCCAAUGUCCAGAGAAGAGCUGAGACAGGCUCGCUUGUCUCGCUUCAACAGAUAGCAUCGUUAGUAUCUUUCGAUGCAUAGGAGCUCAACUUAUGCUUAGGCUGUAUAUUACUGCAGAGCUAUUUCUCUUGCAAAUUAAUAUUAAGGUAUGCGAUUCCUGAAGGUAGAGGGUCACGAAGUAUAGAAGAAAUGAGUUCUUUAGAUUGGGGAGUGGCAUCUUGUCAUAUUGAAAUCUUCUCUCAAAAAACUUUUUCUUCUAACUUCUUUCCUCUUCGUUUAUCAACAUUCUGUACAUAUAUCCAUUUUGUGAGAUUGAUCCCUCUCCUUUGUAGUAGCACCUUCUUCUACUACAGCUAAAGGGCAAAGUUUUUAUCUAAGAUAGCAGUCUAUUUAUGAUUUUCCAUGGACAUAUGGCUUUGGCUUUAAUGGUGGUAGAUUAAGCAUUUGAUUGAUGA